CCUUUUCUUUCUUUUUUAAACGAAUGAAUGAUGAUACAUUAACUGCGUUAUUAUUUCAUGUGAUUAUGUAACAAUUUACAUCAAAUGCUUCUCAAACAAUUGUUUACAACCAAACAGCACCUCAAAUUUUUCACUAUGUUUAGUUUGGAAUUUUAAGAGAUAAUUCAUGGUCAUAAUUUGCUAUAAGAUCAAAUCAAAUACGUUCAGAUACUCUCUUUUUUUUUUUCUUUUUUUUUACUUUAUUUCCUUUUUGGUUAGAUAUAUUUUUUCUAUAUUUGUAUAAAAAUGAGUUGGAUAAUUAAUUAGUUGAAAGAAAAUUGAACAAGCUAGAAAAAAAGGAAAGCUGAGAUUUUGUUCAACGACCAGAAAAAGAAAAGGCGAUUACUUUAGGCAGGAGAGCUCGCAGAGACCAACCCAACACAUCACCCACUCCUUUCUCUCUCUUUACGAAAACCAACACUGUGAAUUAUUUUUUUUAUAAUCCAAAUUAAGGACUGGGAUUUGUUUAAUUAAUGCAAAAGUGGUGUAAAGUUUGGUACUUCAGUUGAUACUACCAAGAGGGGAUUGAAGAUCCAGUGACAUUGCGGAGUGAGAAAUGAUGCAUAGCAGUGGCAGUAAAGGAUUGAAUAAUAGAGUAUCGAGUGGAGUGUAUGGAUCGAGAAUAUCAAUUCUACUGUUCUCAAUGUUUGCUACUUUCUCUGCAAUUUAUGUUGCUGGCAGGUUAUGGCAAGAUUCAGAGAACAGGGUUUAUUUGAUUAAAGAGCUUGACAGGAUAACUGGGCAUGGACAAUCUGCCAUAUCAGUGGAUGAUACAUUGAAGAUAAUAGCUUGCAGGGAGCAACAAAAGAAGUUAUCAGCUCUUGAGUUGGAAUUGGCUGCAGCAAAACAGGAGGGUUUUACUUCAAACUUCCUAACAGAGAAAGAUGGAAAUAAUUCAAACAAAAGGCGUUUAGUGGUGAUAGGAAUACUUACAACGUUUGGCAGAAAGAACAAUAGGAAUGCAAUCCGUAAAGCAUGGAUGGGAACAGGCGCAACAUUGAUGAAAAUGGCGAAUGAGAAGGGCAUAGUUGCACGUUUCGUUAUUGGAAGAAGUGCAAAUUGGGGAGAUAGUUUGGACAAGGCAAUUGAUGAUGAAAAUAGACAGACUAAUGACUUCAUCAUUCUGGACAACCAUGUGGAGGCAACUGAGGAGUUUCCAAAGAAGGCUAAAUUAUUCUUUGCUCAUGCUGUGGAUAAAUGGGACGCUGAGUUCUACGCCAAAGUCAAUGACAAUAUAUAUGUUAAUAUUGAUGCCCUUGGAACUACAUUAGCAACCCAGUUGGACAAACCUCGUGUUUAUAUUGGUUGUAUGAAAUCAGGAGAAGUUUUCUCUGAACCGAGCCAUAAAUGGUAUGAACCAGAUUGGUGGAAGUUCGGUGACAAGAAAUCGUAUCUUCGCCAUGCUUCAGGUGAAAUGUAUGUCAUAUCGCGAGCUUUAGCUAAAUUUGUAUCAAUAAACAGAGAUAUUCUCCACACUUAUGCACACGAUGAUGUCAGUGCUGGAUCCUGGUUUAUUGGGCUUGAUGUCAAACAUGUAGAUGAAGGGAAGUUCUGCUGCUCAUCUUGGUCAUCAGGUGCUAUUUGUGCUGGUGUGUAAUUUUGAUUUGCUUUAAUAUUUGAAGAAGCAAAUAUAGCAUAGGUUGACAGAUUGUCCGAGUUACACCUUUAUUCAUAAAAGGUUAAGAGUAUUUUUGUACAUGAAUCUCAUCAGGGGAUCAAUAGUUACUUUGCCCAUUCAGAAUUCAAUUGGUUAUAUUUGGUUACACCACAGAUAGGGAGAUUUGAGAAUCCAUACAAAUCGGAAGCAUCUUUAUCAGUAUACAAUAACCCACCAUAACUAGAUUCUGUUUUUGUGCUACAAUCGGAUGUAAGUGUUAGGUAAUUUUUCAUUUGUGCGAACAAAUGAGAAUGUGUUUUUUGAGUGAAUUGUGCCCCUCAUUGUGUUUCUA